UCUCAGCCCUGACAUUAUUUCUUUCUCUACAAAGAGUGUUAGGAAGUUAUGGGGAGCUCACAAAGGCUCCUCAUUGUUUAUUCUUAACACCUUGUUUCUGUGUUCCUCGGGAAUGUCACUGAGCUUAUACAUCUGGUCUCUGGGAGCUGCAGUGGAUGGGCAUUUGUGACAGCACUAUGGGACUGAGUCACACUCUCCUUGUGAUGGCCCUCCUGCUCUCUGGUGUUUCUUCCAUGAAGAGUCAAGCAUAUUUCAACAAGACUGGAGAACUGCCAUGCCAUUUUACAAACUCUCAAAACAUAAGCCUGGAUGAGCUGGUAGUAUUUUGGCAGGACCAGGAUAAGCUGGUUCUGUAUGAGAUAUUCAGAGGCAAAGAGAACCCUCAAAAUGUUCAUCUCAAAUAUAAGGGCCGUACAAGCUUUGACAAGGACAACUGGACCCUGAGACUCCACAAUGUUCAGAUCAAGGACAAGGGCACAUAUCACUGUUUCAUUCAUUAUAAAGGGCCCAAAGGACUAGUUCCCAUGCACCAAAUGAGUUCUGACCUAUCAGUGCUUGCCAACUUCAGUCAACCUGAAAUAACAGUAACUUCUAAUAGAACAGAAAAUUCUGGCAUCAUAAAUUUGACCUGCUCAUCUAUACAAGGUUACCCAGAACCUAAGGAGAUGUAUUUUCAGCUAAACACUGAGAAUUCAACUACUAAGUAUGAUACUGUCAUGAAGAAAUCUCAAAAUAAUGUGACAGAACUGUACAACGUUUCUAUCAGCUUGCCUUUUUCAGUCCCUGAAGCACACAAUGUGAGCGUCUUUUGUGCCCUGAAACUGGAGACACUGGAGAUGCUGUUCUCCCUACCUUUCAAUAUAGAUGCACAACCUAAGGAUAAAGACCCUGAACAAGGCCACUUCCUCUGGAUUGCGGCUGUACUUGUAAUGUUUGUUGUUUUUUGUGUGAUGGUGUCCUUUAAAACACUAAGGAAAAGGAAGAAGAAGCAGCCUGGCCCCUCUCAUGAAUGUGAAACCAUCAAAGGGGAGAGAAAAGAGAGCAAACAGACCAACGAAAGAGUACCAUACCACGUACCUGAGAGAUCUGAUGAAGCCCAGUGUGUUAACAUUUUGAAGACAGCCUCAGGCGACAAAAGUACUACACAUUUUUAAUUAAAGAAUAAAGUCCAUAUAACUGUCCAUUGUUUAUAUGCCUUUCCCUUCAAGUUUUGGGCUUACCUUUUUCUUGUCUAUUAAUAUUAUUAUUACCAUUAAUAAUAGUGGCGGUUCCAGGACUCCAUCUGAGAAAGCCACCCUGUAAUGCCAGCUCUGCUCCCUACCUCAGGAGCAGACCUUAACUGCUUCUUUUCAUUUCAGAGCAAAUUUGUGCACCAAGCUCACCUGACUGGCUCCUGGCUCAGGAAUAAUGUUUAAGACUAACACCUCCUGUUUCACAUUCAGCCUUCUUUUCUUAAUUUUAUAAAUUGUGUUUUAUGUAGAACUCCCAAUUACUGGAAUAAUGGCUUUUAUCUAUGAUAAUUCUAAGGUAGUGCCUCAUUCUAUCUUGUAUAUUUGUGACUGAAUAACUACCUCUUCAGUCUUGUGGGAGUUAUAUAUUUUAUGGCUUUUAUAGUAUUGCUAUUAAUAUCUUGAAACAUAAAGAGAUGUGUACUAUAAUAAUGUAAUUACUAUGCCCUGAGAAAAUCACUGCUGAGGAGCUCUUGUCCCUCUGUGAAGAUCAGUAGGAAAAUGGUGGCUUGGCGUGCUGACAAUGAUGAGCAGACCAACUCAAAAUUUGGAAAAUUAAGAACAAUGAAGAUGGAAUCAGCUCUGGAUCCUGGAUCCACUUCUAUCUGGGCCCUUGCUAACCUGAGAAGGAUCCGCCUGCGGAACAAGCUAUAGAUAAGCCUUAGCAGAGAACACUGGGUCAAGCACUGCGCGUUGUGAACCUACUUCUCUUCUUCAAAGAAAUGACUGAGAUGAUGGUCCAGGGCAACUAUGCAAGAGCCAACUGAGAGAUCACAACACUCAAAAGAGAAAAAAAAAGAAAGAUCUUGACAACAGAGAUGCACAUGAAUGUCCUGUCUGUCCAGUCCUCUGACAAACCUUGGGAUUAGCAACAGGAAGACAGUCUGUCCAAAAGGACUUAAGACAGACAGCAGCUUCCAUGGUGGUUGGUGAGAAGUUUGGAUAAUAAUCAAGUUAUUGUGAUGUUUCAUCUGGCUGCAGGCAGAGCAGGGGAGGAAGAGCUAUCAUCUUGAUAAUGGGAUAAAUGGAAGGAAGCUUAGGACUCUUUCAACUUACUUCUGAGACACAAAGAGCUAGAGUGGAAUCAGGAGGACCAAGAUGGAAAUCAUCUAAAGGCCAACUUAGCUGGCAGGUGCCCUAGGGAGAGAUCAGCUGGCCAAGAGCAGGGCUGGCAAAUUUAUAUCUGAGGACUGUCUAUAUGUCAUUAUAAAUGAUGGGGAAACUGGGUACACGAGAGGACUAUACUAGCCCAGUAGAGAUGAGUCAGAUGACCCUGGCUCUAAAGCAGCAUCACUAAGAGACGAGGCAGCCUCAGUCCAAACCAAGAGAGAACUUUGGGAGGCCCAACCCACAGAAAUAUUUCUUCUUAUUCUACAUAAAGGAAUCUAGAAGGUUGUAGACAGCUGUACUAGCCAUGCUUGUCCUUGUAAUAUUACCAUUUGUGUGUUCUUCCCUGCAUUUGCUUCAUUAGGCCAUAAGCAUCUUGUUGGUUUCUAACAUGUUUCGUAUAGUGAGUUCUUAAUAAAUUUUUCUUAAAUUGA